AUGCCGCCAGCCUCAGACCAUAGACAAACAGGCAUUGAAAAUUUCGACCAAGAAUUGCAUCUCGAACGGUAUGGCAUCACGCGUAAACGGGUGCGAUUGACUAAAAUCUUCCCAAGUACUCUUCCGACAGACUCAGAGCCAGAUUUCAGAGCACUUGUUCAACACUUUGAUAACUUGUGCAAGCCAUAUCCUAAAUCUAAAGACUCCUUGUCCCAAGAUCUGCGAAGGUACAUCACAAAGAUUACUAAAUCAGGGACCACCGUCCCGACCAAUGCCACGGCCGCAGAGAAAAAACAAAACCAGGGCACGAUCGAAACUCAAGACCGGGACCAAGACCAAGAAUAUCUUCUCCACAGAGUUGUAGGCCGAGUUUUCGGUUUCCUCAAGGGACGACAAUGCCUCCAAAGCAAGGAAAAAGAAAGCGAUAUCGACAAGGAAAUGCCGUUCUUUGUCACCCCCAGGAAAGUAAACAUGAUAUGGACCAAUCCAAAGGGAAUAGUCGGGGCAUGUGGCUACAGAGCUACUACCCUGGGAGGAAUCGUCGGCCCUAUGGAGGCUCGAGCCGGUUCUCCUGGCAAGUGGGGCAUUCUAGUAACUUUUCAAGCGUCCCCCCUCAAAAAUACUCUACAAACCCAUCAAAUACGAACCCACCAGCCUGCCACCGAUGCCGGAUGCUUAAUCGGUCAAGCAACUUACAACCUCCAUCGUGCCCGUAACAAAAGACGACACCGCCAAAAUCGCGAUAGUAUUUGCAUGACUAUUAACAAGACUUUUAUAUACUUCUCACGGGCCAAAGUUCUGGCCAAAGAUCUAAGACACUAUAGACAAUAUAUCGAGCCCUCUGAGACGAAAAAGGAGAUAUUAUAUACACCAGAGUUUGAUUUCUUGGACGGGGAAGAGGGGAGGAAGGAGUUAUUGAGAGGCAUCAUGGCAGUUUUUAGGAUUUUGAGGAGAAAUGCCAGGAGGUUUUUGGAGGAUGAUAGAGAUAACGACGAUGACGAUGAGGGAAGUCGGAAGAGGGUUAAGGCUUAG